UGCCUGGCCCAGCCGGACUGUGGCCGCGAAUGUCGCUCUCUCCCUGCCUCCUUUCCGCUGCCCUCUGGGGGUUUGGAUUCAGGAUUUGUUCCUAGUGUCCAAGACUUCGAUAAGAAACUUACAGAGGCUGAUGCUUACCUACAAAUCCUGAUAGAACAAUUAAAGCUUUUUGAUGACAAACUUCAAAACUGCAAAGAUGAUGAACAGAGAAAGAAAAUUGAAACUCUCAAAGAGACAACAAAUAGCAUGGUAGAAUCAAUUAAGCACUGCAUUGUGUUGCUGCAGAUUGCUAAAAGUACUAUUAAUCCUGUAGAUGCAAUAUAUCAACUUAGUCCCUUGGAACCUGUGAUCAACACAAUGCCUACCCAGACUGUCUUACCUCCAGAACCUUCUCAGCUAUGUAAGUCAGAACAGCGUCCAUCUUCGCUACCUGUUGGACCUGUAUUAACUACCUUGGGACAUCAUCAGACUCCAACACCAAAUAGUACAGGCAGUGGGCACUCACCACCUAGUAGCAGUUUGACUUCUCCAAGCCGUGUCAACUUGUCUCCAAAUACUGUCCCCGAGUUCUCUUAUUCUAGCAGUGAAGAUGAAUUCUAUGAUGCUGAUGAAUUCCAUCAAAGUGGCUCAUCCCCAAAGCGCUUAAUAGAUUCCUCUGGAUCUGCCUCAGUCUUGACACACAGCAGUUCAGGAAAUAGUCUAAAGCGCCCAGAUACCACAGAGUCACUUAAUUCUUCCAUGUCCAAUGGAACAAGUGAUGCUGACCUUUUCGACUCACAUGAUGAUAGAGAUGAUGAAGGGGAGGCAGGGUCGGUGGAAGAGCACAAAAGCGUUAUCAUGCAUCUCUUGUCACAGGUUAGGCUUGGAAUGGAUCUUACUAAGGUAGUUCUUCCAACAUUCAUUCUUGAAAGAAGAUCUCUUUUAGAAAUGUAUGCAGACUUUUUUGCACAUCCGGAUCUGUUUGUGAGCAUUAGUGACCAGAAGGAUGCCAGAGAUCGAAUGGUUCAGGUUGUGAAAUGGUUCCUCUCCGCCUUUCAUGCAGGAAGGAAAGGAUUGGUUGCCAAAAAGCCAUACAACCCCAUUUUAGGCGAAAUCUUUCAGUGUCACUGGACAUUGCCAAAUGAUACUGAAGAGAACACAGAGCUAGUUUCAGAAGGACCAGUUCCCUGGGUUUCCAAAAACUGUGUGACGUUUGUGGCUGAACAGUUUUCCCAUCAUCCACCUAUUUCAGCCUUUUAUGCUGAGUGCUUUAACAAGAAGAUACAAUUCAAUGCUCAUAUCUGGACCAAAUCAAAAUUCCUUGGGAUGUCAAUUGCGGUGCACAACAUAGGGCAGGGCUGUGUCUCGUGUCUAGAUUAUGAUGAACAUUAUAUUCUCACAUUCCCCAAUGGUUAUGGAAGGUCUAUCCUCACAGUGCCCUGGGUGGAACUAGGCGGAGAAUGCAACAUCAGUUGUUCCAAAACUGGCUAUAGUGCAAAUAUCGUCUUCCACACUAAACCUUUCUAUGGGGGCAAGAAGCACAGAAUUACUGCUGAGAUUUUUUCUCCAAAUGAUAAGAAGUCUUUUUGCUCAGUUGAAGGGGAAUGGAAUGGUGUAAUGUAUGCAAAAUAUGCAACAGGGGAAAAUGCAGUUUUUAUAGAUACCAAGAAGUUGCCUAUAAUUAAGAAGAAAGUGAGGAAGUUGGAAGAUCAGAAUGAGUAUGAAUCCCGCUGCCUUUGGAAGGAUGUCACUUUCAACUUAAAAAUCAGAGACAUUGAUGCAGCAACCGAAGCCAAGCAUAGACUUGAAGAAAGACAAAGAGCAGAAGCUCGGGAAAGGAAGGAAAAGGAAAUUCAGUGGGAGACAAGGUUAUUUCAUGAAGAUGGAGAAUGUUGGGUUUACGAUGAACCGUUACUGAUGAAACGUCUUGGUGCUGCCAAGCAUUAGGUUGGGAAAUGCAAAGUUUACACCUGACGACCAGGGCAAUAGGCAUAAUUAAGCAGCAAUCUUCCUGUGGGAGAACCUAUUCACUCCCUUCUUAUUGCAGUGGUUCCUAUCUCAGGGAUACUGGACUUUAUGAUGCAGAUGAACAAUUAAAGCGAGAAAAGCU